CUCAUCAUCACCGUCAUCCUCCAUGACGUCAUCCAUCUGCUGACUUGAGGCGACCAGUCUCGCAUCCGGCAUCGCCCCCUCAUCCAGAAACAUCGCCUCUUGAGACUGUUUCUUCUCUUCAUCCUUUGCCCCUUCUACAGCCCCUUUCCCCUCCACACCCUGUUUCACACAUCCAUCCUGGAUCGCCUCCCUAGCCUGUCUCACACCUACAUGUCGUCGUGCGUCUCUGCCACGCCUCACAUCGCCAUUUUGCCUCUCCUCCCUAGCCCACCUCACACCACCAUGCCGUCUCUCCUCUCUCGCUCGCCUCACAUUUCCAUAUUGCGUCUCCUCUCUAUCCCGCCUCACAUCUCUAUGCCGUCUCGACUCUCUCGGCGCCCGCCUCACACCUCCAUAUUGCCUCCCCUCUCUAUCCCGCCUAUCAUGUCUAUGCCGUCUCUCCUCUCUCGCUCGCCUCAGAGCUCCAUUUUGCCUCUCCUCUCUAUCCCGCCUCACAUCUCUAUGCCGUCUCGACUCUCUAUCUCGCCUCCCAGCUCCAUCUCGAGUAGUCACUCCAUCCCGCCUCCCAGCUCCAUCUUGAGUAGUCACUCCAUCCCGCCUCCCAGCUCCAUCUUGAGUAGUCACUCCAUCCCGCCUCCCAGCUCCAUCUUGAGUAGUCACUCCAUCCCGCCUCCCAGCUCCAUCUUGAGUAGUCACUCCAUCCCGCCUCCCAGCUCCAACUUGAGUAGUCACUCCAUCCCGCCUCCCAGCUCCAUCUUGAGUAGUCACUCCAUCCCGCCUCCCAGCUCCAUCUUGAGUAGUCACUCCAUCCCGCCUCCCAGCUCCAUCUUGAGUAGUCACUCCAUCCAGCUUCACAGCUCCAUCUUGAGUAGUCACUCCAUCCAGCUUCACAGCUCCAUCUUGAGUAGUCACUCCAUCCCGCCUCCCAGCUCCAUCUGGAGUAGUCACUCCAUCCAGCUUCACAGCUCCAUCUGGAGUAGUCACUCCAUCCAGCUUCACAGCUCCAACUUGAGUAGUCACUCCAUCCCGCCUCCCAGCUCCAUCUUGAGUAGUCACUCCAUCCCGCCUCCCAGCUCCAUCUGGAGUAGUCACUCCAUCCCGCCUCCCAGCUCCAUCUGGAGUAGUCACUCAUGCCCGCCUCCCAGCUCCAGCUGGAGUAGUCACUCCAUCCAGCUUCACAGCUCCAUCUUGAGUAGUCACUCCAUCCAGCUUCACAGCUCCAUCUUGAGUAGUCACUCCAUCCCGCCUCCCAGCUCCAUCUGGAGUAGUCACUCCAUCCAGCUUCACAGCUCCAUCUUGAGUAGUCACUCCAUCCAGCUUCACAGCUCCAACUUGAGUAGUCACUCCAUCCAGCCUCCCAGCUCCAUCUGGAGUAGUCACUCCAUCCAGCUUCACAGCUCCAUCUUGAGUAGUCACUCCAUCCCGGCUCCCAGCUCCAGCUGGAGUAGUCACUCCAUCCAGCUUCACAGCUCCAUCUUGAGUAGUCACUCCAUCCAGCUUCACAGCUCCAUCUUGAGUAGUCACUCCAUCCAGCUUCACAGCUCCAUCUUGAGUAGUCACUCCAUCCAGCUUCACAGCUCCAUCUGGAGUAGUCACUCCAUCCAGCUUCACAGCUCCAUCUGGAGUAGUCACUCCAUCCAGCUUCACAGCUCCAUCUUGAGUAUCGACUCCAUCCCGGCUCCCAGCUCCAUCUUGUGUAUCGACUCCAUCCCGGCUCCCAGCUCCAGCUGGAGUAUCGACUCCAUCCCGGCUCCCAGCUCCAGCUGGAGUAGUCACUCCAUCCAGCUUCACAGCUCCAUCUUGAGUAGUCACUCCAUCCAGCUUCACAGCUCCAUCUGGAGUAGUCACUCCAUCCAGCUUCACAGCUCCAUCUUGAGUAGUCACUCCAUCCAGCUUCACAGCUCCAUCUGGAGUAGUCACUCCAUCCAGCUUCACAGCUCCAUCUGGAGUAGUCACUCCAUCCAGCUUCACAGCUCCAUCUUGAGUAUCGACUCCAUUCCGGCUCCCAGCUCCAGCUGGAGUAUCGACUCCAUCCCGGCUCCCAGCUCCAGCUGGAGUAGUCACUCCAUCCAGCUUCACAGCUCCAUCUUGAGUAGUCACUCCAUCCAGCUUCACAGCUCCAUCUUGAGUAGUCACUCCAUGCAGCUUCACAGCUCCAUCUGGAGUAGUCACUCCAUCCAGCUUCACAGCUCCAUCUGGAGUAGUCACUCCAUCCAGCUUCACAGCUCCAUCUGGAGUAGUCACUCCAUCCAGCUUCACAGCUCCAUCUGGAGUAGUCACUCCAUCCAGCUUCACAGCUCCAUCUUGAGUAUCGACUCCAUCCCGGCUCCCAGCUCCAUCUUGUGUAUCGACUCCAUCCCGGCUCCCAGCUCCAGCUGGAGUAUCGACUCCAUCCCGGCUCCCAGCUCCAGCUGGAGUAGUCACUCCAUCCAGCUUCACAGCUCCAUCUUGAGUAGUCACUCCAUCCAGCUUCACAGCUCCAUCUUGAGUAGUCACUCCAUCCAGCUUCACAGCUCCAUCUGGAGUAGUCACUCCAUCCAGCUUCACAGCUCCAUCUGGAGUAGUCACUCCAUCCAGCUUCACAGCUCCAUCUGGAGUAGUCACUCCAUCCAGCUUCACAGCUCCAUCUUGAGUAUCGACUCCAUUCCGGCUCCCAGCUCCAUCUUGUGUAUCGACUCCAUCCCGGCUCCCAGCUCCAGCUGGAGUAGUCACUCCAUCCAGCUUCACAGCUCCAUCUGGAGUAGUCACUCCAUCCAGCUUCACAGCUCCAUCUUGAGUAUCGACUCCAUUCCGGCUCCCAGCUCCAUCUGGAGUAGUCACUCCAUCCCGCUUCACAGCUCCAUCUUGAGUAUCGACUCCAUUCCGGCUCCCAGCUCCAGCUGGAGUAUCGACUCCUUCCCGGGCUCCCAGCUCCAGCUUGGAAAGACGUGA